UGGACAGCAGGAGCCGCCAGAGAACACCGGGAAUUCGCCUCGCACCUCUUGAGCUCACAGUGAAAAAAUCUCUUUUUUUCCGCUCAUUUUUCUCGAAGCACAAGGUUUAAGGCGCGUGGCAUGGACAAUGAUCUUCUCCCGCCUGCAUUUUGCUGUCUCUAAAUGGAGAUGGUUCUCUAAGUUGCGACCCCAUUUCCAGCAACCAAGGAGUAGUAGACUUCCUUUCGCGAUCGCAGGGGUGAGAAAAUCACACACACAGCCCUUGAGUGGCCUUUGCAGCAGCAGUACCAGUAACAGCAGCAGCAAGCCGAAGAAGGAGACACUGUUCGCGAUCUCCAUCGCUGAGACAGUUUCCAGGUCGGGCACUUCGAUGGAGAGCAUAGAGGCGGCGCUGAGAUGGUUCCAAGGUACUCCCAGCAACAGCUUGGUGGGAGUGGUGCUCAAGAACAUCCAGGAGCCGGACAGUGCGUGGUUCUUCUUCCAGUGGGCGAGGAGGAAGGCCGGUUUCAGGCACAACACUUACACCUGGAACGUCCUGCUGAGCGUGUUCGUGAGGGAAAAGAGGCACGCCGAGGCGAGGCAGAUGAUGGACGAGCAGAUGCUCCACGACUGCUUUCCGGACGUGGUGACUUUCACCACGCUCAUGACGGGUUACUCGAGAGCCGGGGAGAUGCGAGCUUGUGUGGAACUUAUGGAGGAGUACCGGGCCAGGAACACGGACAAGCCCCCGACUGCUCAGAUGUACAACGUCCUGCUCAAUGGUUUCUUCAACGCGGGGAUGUUUGGAGAGGCUCUGGUCCAGUUCGAGAAGAUGGUGCAAGUGUGCCGGCCGACGCUGGUGACUUACAACACGCUGGUUACGGGGCUGUCCAAGUCGGGCAUGGUGAGAGACGCGCUCGGGCUGCUCGAGUUCAUGAUCGAGUCGGGGCUGUCACCGGACGUGAUCACUUUCAACUCGGUGCUCGACGGGCUGUGCAAGGAGCAGCGGAUACUCGACGCGCACAACGUUUUCAAGCGGGCUCUGGAGAGGGGGUGCCGGCCGAACGUUGUCACUUACAGCACCUUGAUCGACGGGCUGUCGAAGAUGGCGAAGAUGGACGAGGCGUUGCAGCUCCUGGCGAAGAUGGUGGAGCUGGGGUGCCGCGCAAACACGGUGACUUACUCCACGGUCGUGGACGGGCUGCUCAAAGUCGGGAGAAUGGAGGACGCGGUCGUGGUUCUCAGGCAGAUGAGGGACGCCGGGUGCUUGCCGGACGCGGUGACUUACAACACUCUCAUCGAUGGAUUCUUCAAGCGGCAGAGGCUGCGAGAGGCCGUCGGUUUGCUCCGCGAGAUGCUCGAGGCCGGGUUCCAUCCCAGCGUUGUGACUUACACCACGCUGUGCCACGGGCUUUGCCGGAGCGGCCGCUUCGACGAGGCUGUGGAGAUCCUCGACUAUAUGGCUGCUCGAGGCUGCGCUCCCAACGCCAUCACUUACAGCUCCAUCGUCGACGGCCUGUGCAAGGCCGGGAGAGUCACCGAGGCGCUGGGAUACUUCGAAAAGAUGGCGCGGGACGAGGUGGUGGCUCCUCACGUCAUAGCUUACUCGGCGCUCAUCGACGGGCUUUGCAAAGCCGGCAGGAUCGACGAGGCGUACGAGUUUCUCGAGAGGAUGAUCCGAGCGGGCCGGAUCCCGGACGUGGUGACUUUCAGCAUUCUCAUCAAUGGGCUGUGCGACGCCGGGCGGAUCGACACGGGGCUGGAGCUCUUCUGUGGCAUGGCCGAGCGAGGCUGCGUCCCGGACAUGGUGACUUACGCUACUCUCGUCGACAGGCUUUGCCGAGCUAGCAGAGUAGACGAAGCUUUCGAUCUCUUCCAGCAAAUGAGGAGCCAUGGAUUGUCGCCGGAUAGAUCGACUCGGAGAACUAUGAUCCAUGGCCUUCUCGAGGUGAACAGGGACGAAGACGCGAAGAGAAUCCAAGACGAAGAGAACGCUCCAAUGAUCCGGCAAUGGCGGCAAUGCCGCUCGCCAUUCCGUGUCUCCUACCCGUAUUCCAAUCCGGGCCACGUCCAGUCCCUGCUCGGCAUCCUCGACAAUGCGCCCGGCAGCAGCGGCGGCAGCGAUCUCGCGGCGCUCCUCAACUCGAGGUACGAUCCCGGCGUUGUCAUCACCAAGGACACGCUGCGUGUCGUCCUUCGCGAGGUGAAAUCCGCGGAGCUUGCGAAGCAGCUCUUUGAUUGGGCUGCUACCAGGCCGCACUUCAGCCACAACAAUCUCACUCGCAAUGCGCUGCUCUUCGCGACGAUUCGGGGGGGACAGAUCGAGCAGGCCCGCGAGAUUUUUAAGGGCAUUGUUGAGAAGAAGGCCGAUAUCUAUGCGUACAAUGCCAUGAUCAAUGCCUACUGCUUGAAAGGAGAGUUUUCCGCGGCCUAUGCGUUGCUGGAAGAGAUGAAAACGCACGGGAUUGCCAAGAACACCGUCACACACGGGAUAGUGAUCAAGGCGCUCUGUGGCAAUGACCGGAUAGACGAGGCUGUGAGUUACUUUCACUCCAUUCCCGAGGACUGUCGGGACGAGAUCUCGUAUAACACUUUGAUCACUAGCCUGGUGGCUUCCAGGCGGUCCGAGCAGGCCUUGGAGCUUCUUCGGGCGAUGGUAGCCGAUGGAGGAAGCCCGGAUGCUUGCAACUACAUGACCGUGAUGGAUGGGCUCUUCAAAGCUGGCUCUCCAGAGGUGGCGGCGAAGUUAUUACAGGAGAUGCGCUCCAGGGGCCACUCGCCAGACUUGAGAACGUACACCAUCAUGAUCUCGGGGCUGUCCAAGGCCAAGCAGUUGCCACUGGCUUGCGACUACUUUGAGGAGAUGCUACGCAAGAAUCUCAAGCCGGACGCCAUCGUAUACUCGAGCUUGAUAGAUGCGUUUUGCAAGGCCGACAAGGUGGACGACGCAUGGAAGCUUUUGCGUUCUAGUGGGAUCGAGCCAACCAUAACCAUGUACAGCACGAUGGUCGACUCGCUCUGCAAGAACAGGGGGACGGACAAGGCUCUCGAGGUCAUCCGGGAGAUGAAGAGCAAGAACUGCGAACCGGGGAUCCACAUAUGGACGUCGCUGGCGACGGCUUAUGUGGCCGAAGGACGGGUGGACGAGGCUGUGAAGCUUGUGAAUGACCUCCAGUGUGAUCCGGACGUGAUCUUCUACAGCAGGCUCAUUGGCGUGCUCUACGACACCGGCAGAAGCGACGAGGCUCUCAACAUCUUCAACACCAUGGUCGAGAAAGGCCUCGCUCCAGACGGUCAGACUUACUCGACGAUCGUCCACUGCUUCUGCAAGCAAGGCAACAUGCGGGCCGCGUCGAAGUUCGCUGCGCUGAUGCACGGGACUGGCGUGAAGAUGGAGCCUAUCGUCUAUGGCAUGCUCAUGGACGGCUACUUCCGGGAGUGCAACAUGGAGGAGGCUCUCAAAACUUACGAGGUGAUGCUCUCCAAAGGCGUGCGUCCCAAUCCAGUGAUCUACAACAUUCUGGUCGGCGGGCUUUGCAAGAUGGGGAGGCUGGAGCAUGCCACCGAGGUCUUCCGGGAGAUGCAAGAGAAGGAUGGCAUCGUUCCCUCCGCCAAGAGUUACAGCAUUCUCAUUCACGGAGCUGCAAAGGCGAGGGAGGUGGAAAAGGUGCUGGAUCUUCUGACGGAGAUGAUCGACAACGGCGUCAUUCCAAACCACAUGACUUACACGAGCGUCAUCUCCGCUCUCGGCAAGGCUGGCCGCCUGAGCGAGGCGAAGGAUGUGUUCCAGGACAUGGUGAAGAUGGGCCUGGUGCAAGACGCUCCUGCGUAUGGUGCUCUCAUCAACGAGCUUUGCAAGAGGUCGAGCUUGGGCGAGGCAUGGGACUUGCUUCAGGACAUGAUGGACAGUGGCUGCGCGCCGGACAAGAAGGUCUACAAGUCAUUUUACCGGGCAGUGAGCAAGAGGGAGCAGUGAGCAUCUCGACGGCUUUGGAAAGCGUUUUCGAGCUUCGUCGAGCUUGAAGAUGAGCUGAAGAUCCCCAGGUUCCUCAGGUAACGGGAUAAUAGAAAUCGCUUCUUCAAAUCAUCCAGGUACUGUGGAGGAUCUCUCGCCCAUGUUUCCAUGUCCUUUUCUCAGGCGAAACUGUGGCGAUGAACGAGGAGAGUGUCGCCUCAUUCUUUCCCUACGUUCCGGAGGCCGAGAAGGAGAACGAUAGGAGAAGGUCCACAGACUCUUCCUAUCCAUCGAGGACGAAAGUAAGUGAAGCUGGUUUUCUUCAAGCAAAGAGCAGAGAACUAAAGCAAGCGCAGGUAUGAAUUGGAAUCCAAACUAGAGAAGUUAAAAAUUAUGUAGAGCAAGCCAGGUAAGACCAGGUAUGGAAUUGUCGAUCAUUUGUUCUCUCUUUAUAACUCUGGAAUCCAAACUUUGCAGAGAAUACACACGAGAUGAAAGGAAGUUAAGUUGUGCAGAAUGACCAUAAACUCCACCACUCUUGCUCGUCCAUCCUGGGGUCCUGGAUCUCACGUUCUCACCACACUUGAUGUAUCAAAUUAAUUGAUAGAAAGAUUAUUGGGAAGGCAGAUUUUGCAGAAAUAUUAUUGUUUCUCAAACUUUCUAUACAACCAUUGCAUCUUAAUGUAAAUUAAACUUUUAUAGUUA